AUGGGAUUUGGAAAGUAUUCAUCUAGCUCAAAGAUUUCUGCACUUGUUGCAGAUGAUGACACUAUAAUUCAAAAAAUCCACAAAGCACUUCUAACUAAACUUGGGCUGGAAGUGAAUGUUGUGGCAAAUGGUAAGGAGGUUCUUGAUCUUUAUAGAUCAGGAACGUCUUUUGACCUUAUCUUUAUGGAUAUGGAAAUGCCAAUCAUGGAUGGACCUGAGGUAACAAAAGAGCUGCGAGCAAUGGGUGUACAAAGCAUUAUCAUGGGUGUCACUUCACGUGAUCUUGACUCAGAGAAGGAAGCAUUCAUGGCAUCAGGUUUGAAUGAUUGUUACAUGAAGCCCUUGACUAUAAGCAAGAUUAGCUCUCUAUUGCAAGAUCUCAAGAAAAAGAAUUAG